UUGUUCGAACGGGGCUCUGGGGAUGUGCCCAUUGAUCGAAGUGUGCAGCAAUGGAACUACGCCUGCCAGUCAUUGUGUAUUAUCGGCAUGACAGGCUUCUUCGGUCUUCGUGUUUAUACUCGAUUGUUCAUUCUUGGCGGAUUUGGGAAGGAAGAUUGGACAUGUACAGUUGCCUGGUUCCUCGGUGUCUGCUACUCAAUCAUUGCCCUCCUCAUGGGUCAUUAUGGAGGAGGUUUACACUGGUGGGAUGUCCCCGAUGAGAACAAGAUUCCUUUCCAAAAGAACAUCUAUGCAACAAUGGUCAUGUAUGGGCCAACAGCCUAUCUCACAAAAGUGUGCCUCCUCUGGAUCAUGACUCGUGUAUUCAGUCCCUUUCGAAAAUGCGUUAUCUUCAUUAGGAUUUUUAUGGGAGUCAUGUUGGCCUACUACAUCCCGGCUGUGAUUGUCAAAAUCCGAAUCUGCAGCCCCAUUGCCAAAUUCUGGGACCGGCGGAUUGACGGCACAUGUUUAGACCAGACAUCGAUCAUCUUGGCUGACGCUGUUGUCAGUGUGGUCAGUGAUAUGAUCAUUCUCAUCUUGCCAUUGCCAUUAACUUUGUCUCUGCAACUGUCUACGAAGAGAAAGAUGCGGGUCAUGGCUAUUUUAGGGGCGGGCGGCUUGGCUGUCGCAGCCAGUAUCAUCCGGUUGGCACUUAUCGUCAUUACAGGACAGUCGAAGGAUGUUUCUCGUGCGUUUAUGAGAAUAAAUAUGCUAGGUAACGCGGAAGUCUCGAUCGGCAUUAUCUGCACUUGUCUCCCUUCGCUCUCGGCUCUCAUAAUCCGCAUCUACCACGAAUAUUCCAGUAACAAAGCAACGCUCGAGUCUGACUACAAAAUGAGCACGAUGCGAAACCAGGGCACAUUGGACCGAAGCAAGAAUCGAAUUAGCGCUAGGGCGACGGCAGACUCAGAUGAGGAUGGGCUCAUGUACAAUGCACAGGGGAAUCCAAAGGUUGAGACAAUCAUCCGCGGUAAUAGUGAGCAAGGAGGCCCGCCGAAAUUGACAUUUGAUGGCAUAGGAGUGACCCGAUCUGUUGAUGUAUCAACUUCUAUGGGGCCUCAGUGA